CUGCCGCCUGUCGCGGCCAACAGUCUGUCAGCCGCAUUGGGCGGCCGCGCUGCCGCCCUUGCCGUACAAACUGCUGCAACCACAGCGACGGCGGUGGCUGCCCCUGCCGCCGCUGGGCCGCAGAAGCUCACGCAUGCGGCUGCAUUAGCGGCUAUGCAGCAAAAGGCGGCUGCGGCGGCCGCUGCCUCGGCAGCGGCAGCAGCCGCUGCUGGCGAUGAGGUCGAUGCGGGAGCUGCUGCAGGGUCGCGGUGGGGUGGGGCUGCCCAGGGCAAGAAGGCGGGGCCCAGCAGUGGCACUGGCGCCGGCGGCGGGUUCUUGGAUCGCAUGCGUGCGCGGUUGGCGGGCGGGCGGUUCCGCUACCUGAACGAGGAGCUGUACACGCGCAGUGGGGGUGAUGCGUACUCCAUGAUGCAGUCCCAACCGGAGUUGUUCUCGCAGUACCACGAGGGCUUUCAGAAGCAAACGCGCGGCUGGCCAAAGCAGCCGGUGGACGUGGCCAUAGCCUGGCUGAGGGCCAAGAAGUCGGAGAUCAAGGAGGUUGCGGAUUUCGGUUGCGGUGACGCCAAGAUCGCUGCCAGCGUGCCGCAGACCGUCCACUCCUUCGACCUGAUUGCCUCGGCCCCGGGCGUCAUCGCUUGCAACAUGGCGGAUGUCCCGCUGGCAGCCGGCUCGGUGGAUGCCGCUGUGUUCUCGCUGGCUCUCAUGGGGACCGACUACGGCAGCUACCUGGAGGAGGCGGUUCGGGUGCUGAAGCCCAAGGGCUGGCUGUGGAUCGCCGAGGUUCGCAGCCGCUUCGCAAGGACCGGGUCCGACGAUGAGGGCGGCAACAGCGAUGAAGACGAUGACAGCGACGAAGACGGCGGCAAGGGCGGCCGGAAGCGCAACCGUCGCGUUGCAGGCGGCAGUGGCGGCGGGAGCGGCAACGGAGAGGAGGACUUUGGGCCCUUCCUGGGCUGCUUGAAGCGCCUGGGUUUGAAGUUGCUCAGCCAGGACGCGAACAACAAGAUGUUUGUGGUUUGGGUUCUACGGAAGCAGGCGGGGAGCGAG